AUUCGGAAAUCCAGGACUUAAUAGAUCCUAGUUUAGAAGAAAAUAUUAAUGGGGAUGGAAAUGCUUUGCCGAAAGAAACGUUUUCGUUCGGUCAAAUUAAAAGUAGUGCAUUGGAUGAGGACGAAGACGAAGAUGAGGCACUUGAUCUAAAUCUGGGAGAACUUGAUCUGACUUCUCAAGAUGAGUUUAUCUUAGAUGAAGUAAAUGAACAUAUCCAAGCAAACUUAGAAGAUGAAUUAGUGAAAGAAGCCUUAGAGAAAGGAGUUGAUUUGAGACAUUAUUCAAAACAAAUUGAAGCUGAUUUGCAUAAUGUUGAGAAUUCUUCAAUUGAUGAUUAUAUUAAAGAAAGUGAUAAUAUUGCUAGUUUGCACAAACAGAUUGCUGCUUGUGACACCAUUUUAGAGAGAAUGGAAGAUAUGUUGACAAGCUUUCAGCAAGAUUUGGGUAGCAUCAGCUCUGAAAUUCAAACUUUGCAAGAACAGUCAAUGUCAAUGAAUAUCAAGUUGAAAAAUCGACAGGCAAUACGAGGUGAACUUAGCCAAUUUGUGGAUGAAAUGCUUGUGAGUGAAACUAUGAUAAAACAUAUUACAGAUACUCCGGUGACUGAACAAUCCUUUGUUGAAAAUCUUCAUGAAUUGGACCACAAAAUAAACUUUGUAAAAGAACAAGCAUUCAAUGAUUUUAAAUGUUGCAAUGAUGUCAAAGAUGUGUUGGACAAGUUAAAACUUAAGGCUGUUCAGAAAAUCCGAGAGUAUAUUUUACCAAAAGUCUAUCAAUUUCGCAAACCAAUGGCAAAUUACCAGAUUCCACAAACCGCACUACUUAAACACAGAUAUUUUAACGAAUUUUUAAUGGCACAUCAUCGUCAAGUGGCAAGAGAGAUCAAAGAUGAAUACGUCGACACAAUCAGUAAAGUCUACUUCUCGUAUUUCAAGGCGUACAUCAGUAAGCUCACGAAAUUGCAGUAUGACGAAGUUCCUGAUAAAGACGAUCUUAUGGGAGUCGAAGACAAUGCACGAAAGAGCCUAUUUUCAUCUCGCGUUGCUCUGCGAAACAGAUCAACAAUCUUCACCUUAGGGAACCGUGGGAACGUGCUCACGUCAGAACUUGAAGAGCCAAUCAUUGUACCGCAUGCAGCUCAGAAAAACGAUCGAAAGUAUCCUUUUGAAAGCUUAUUCCGCAGUGAACACUAUGCAUUACUGGAUAAUAGUUGUCGAGAAUUCCUGUUCCUUACGGAUUUUUUCAAUGCACAAGGCAACCCAGCUAUAGAGAUCUUUACCUCAGUGUUUGGUAAAACAUUGACAUUAUUAAUGAAAUACUGGGACGGAUAUUUACAGUCGUGUUACGACGCCAUUGGUAUAUUUCUAUGUAUGCACAUCGUUCAUCGAUACAGAAUACUUAUGAGCCAACGUAAUAUUCCUGCUUUGGACAAGUUCUGGGAUACUUUACUAGAAAUGUUUUGGCCUCGGUUUACUUUCGUGAUUCAACAGAACAUUGAAAGUAUUCGAAUGAUCGACCCUCAGAAGAUGGGAAGUAUUGAUGUUCAACCUCAUUACAUAACGCGAAGAUAUGCGGAAUUCUCUGCUGCAAUUGUUAGUUUGAAUGAAAGUUUUCCAGACGAAAAGGUAAAUAGAUUGCUCGCAAUGUUGCAAGAAGAACUUCAAAAGUUCGUGCUAAGAAUGGCAGCAGAAUUUCCACAUCGUAAAGAACAGUUGAUAUUUCUCAUCAAUAACUAUGAUAUGAUGCUGGCCGUAUUGAAGGAACGAACGUCAGAAGAUUCGCAAGAAACUGACAGUUUUCAACAAUUAUUGACGGCCAGAAUUCAAGAAUUUGUAGAAGAGAUUUUGUCCCCUGGUUUUGGGGGAAUGAUCACGUUCGUAAAAGACGUCGAACCUCAGUUGGAAAAGAACCAAAACCAAUACGUUCAGGUUGACGAACGACGAGUUGGUCAGAUCGUUCGUGGCUUUGCGACAGAUUGGAAACGGGGGAUUGAGAAUAUUAAUCACGAAAUUAUGAGAUCUUUCUCGAAUCUUAAGAAUGGCACAGCAAUAUUACAGGCAGCACUGACCCAACUCAUACAAUAUUAUCAUCGCUUUCAAAAAGUUCUAUCACAACCGCCGUUCAAGAAGUUGGCUGUCCGCAGUGAGCUCAUUAAUAUUCAUCACGUAAUGGUUGAAGUCAAGAAACACAAGACGACAUUUUGAGGUACCAAUGUAUUCACUUUACAUAAAGUAUACUACGGCUGAUGUGUGCUCUACUUCAACACAAAUCACAGUAAAAAAGUGAACGUCUAUGAUUGAUGGUUGGAAAUAUUCUCUUCCAGUGCUGUGCAGGUGGAAAACAAUGAUGACUCUAACCUAAUGUAAUCUUUGAACAUCUUAGAUUGUCCCAAAUUUGUAUAGUUCACCAGUGACCAGUCAGUGCCUUUAUGAUAUGGCUUAGCCUGGAUUAAUCCAGACAAUGUUUCCAUUAGUUCAGAUACGUUAUUUAAAAGAUAUAAAAUUCCCAGCUAUAAUGAAAUACUAAUAAUCUACAAUCAUUGAUAUAAAGUACUAGACAGGUAGAAACAAUCUUGUGUAUAUUAAAUAAUCCUGAAUUUUUAUCACCGUGUGUUCCCUAAGAUGUUGUACCAGUCGCGUGUUUGAGUGGUUCUGAAAUUAAAGAAGGGAUUGCACGUAAAUUGAUGAAUGAACUAUAAUUUGUCAAAUAAGGAUAGCAACGUAUUAAAUAAACACUUCAAUAAUAGAGUC